CGCCUGCUACUCAGCUGGAGGCUGAUGUCUUUAUGUGGUCAUAUUUUCUUCAAGAAAAUGGAUGUUAAUGAAUACAUGAAUGAUUAGCUAAACAGCUCUUUCUUUUGAAUUUUCUCAUUGCAUGAGGAUGUUUCAUCACUUGCUUUCUCGGCUGUUUACUUGUCUUCUUUUGGUUUUGCUUUUCAACUUCCAUAGAGUUUUAUUGACAUUAGGCAAUGACCAGCUGUGUCAUAAUGCAGAAAAACUGUUGUCAGAGUUCCCAAAAACUGUCGAUAAAUCUAACAGAUGCAUGGUAAGCUGUACAGUGCAGACAUGGAUGUCACUGGCUAGUGGAAACCAAACGAUGACUUUGCUCCUCCAUGCGACAGCUCCAGGGAAGGAUAACAGAUUCUGUUGGCUUCGACACCUGCUGUGUGUAAAAGGAAAACGUCUCCACAAAGCUUAUGUUCUUCUUCCUUUGCAAAAGGGAAAACUGCAGCCAGAUUCUGUUGUCCACCUACAGACUUUGGGAUCUUCCAGAAAAAGCCUAUUGGAAUCAGAACAGAGCCAGUCAAUUUUUGGUAGUGAGUGUGGCCUCCGCUUUGAUAUGACUCAGUUCAUUAUGGUCACAGAGAAUUUGGUAGAGAUAUGUGUGGAGCCACUGCUGAAUGGACAUCCAGCUUUUAGUUCAGUAAUGGAUGGUCUCAAAUGCCAACCAUUUCUUGGUACAAUUUGGAAAAAACAACACCAUUCUAUUCACUAGAUGCCUCUGAUAUUUCUUGCCACAGCAGAACAUUGCAGAAAUGCACGGUAACUUAUAGAGCUUUCAGUAUGUUUUGCAUAAUUUACUUUUUUACAUUUUCAUUUACUGCAUAUUCUUUUUCUUUAGCUUUAUUUGUGAAUGGGUAAUGAAUGGUAAAAAGGAUGAAAGCAACGUAUUUAAUGUUUUAUUUAUAUUCCUAUAUUUAUAAAAAUACAAAUGUUAUAUUUUUUUAAAUCUUCACUUAUUCCUAUACAUUUGUUUUCCUGUAUUAGCUUAUCUACGUGCUGUACAAACAUGAGCUGUUUUGAAUUAACUAUAGGAAGCAGAAAUGUAAUUGCAUGGUUUAAACUGGCAAACUCCAUCCACAGAUUGAUCCACUUUCUGUAAUGUUUUCAUCAGGGAGCCAUAGCAAGCCAUUGAGCCUGACCAAAAGAUUUACACACACACAUCCUAAUACCAAAGUUAAAAAUAGAUUACAGGGAAGGUAACGCAUUAACUAUUUAUCGUAAUCCAUGCUGGUUUAUUUUCUUUGCCUUCACGGUAAUGUAUAACAGAAUGGAUGAUAACACUCAGUAUAAAGAGUGAUCCUCAAAAUAAGCUCAUUACCAUUAUGCCAGUUGAGUGAUGGCCAGUAAAUCAUGCACAUUUACAUGCAUUUUCAAAUAAGAAUGGAGACAUUGUCAAAGUAGUUAUAAAGAUUUUAUACAAAAUUUGGACAUACGUGCAACUCAGGAAAAUGUGUAGGUUUAACUAUUUUUCUUUUAAAAAGAUCCAAACAGUGGGCUGCAUUGAAAGUAAUUUUAUCUUUAUAUGUUAGUUUGCAUCAUUGUUUUCUUUCUUUGCUCUUCUCAAAUCAAAGUGUAAUUUUAAAGAUAACUGUCUGCUAAAAUCAGUUAUUAUAAAACGAAUCUAAAACACUAUCUAAAAAAAUAAUUAUGUUUAGUAUAUGUUUUAUUUAUCAUCGUAUAGUAUAUCUUCUCAGUUCCAAAACAAAUAAUUAUAUAAUCAAGAACAUUUUAAACUAACUUUUGCUCUGAAGCAAUAUUAAAUUUUAAAAUGCAGACUCUGCUCACUGUGAACUGGUGAACAUGAAAUGAUAAAUCAGUUACACAGGUCUUACACUUUAAAGGGUAAACUGGGUAUAUUAUUUCAAUCUGAGUAAUAACUUAGGUACUUUCUAGUUUGUAAAGAUUUAUGCAUGUUUAAAAAUCUAUGUGUUAUAAGAGCAUUAACCUUCAUCGAGAUGUCUAUACCUGAGAGUAAAAUAAGAGCACUGAUCUAUAGAAAGCAUAUGUUUAAUAAUAAAAAAACAUUUAACACCAGGAAAUAUUAAAUUUAGUUUUUAUACAAAACGACAUUUUAUACAUGUACAGUUGUGAUGGUGAUUCUUUUAACAUAAAGACAUUGUAAAUGUGUGAUAACUAAAGCAUUGUUUUUAUAAUCAAUGAAGUACCAAUUAUAAUAAAAUUAAUUAUUAAUCUUUU